AUGGUUAGUGGCUGGCGGAGUGGUGGUUGCCUAAUCGUUGGAAGGGAAGAUGCGCAAGUGAACCAUGAAAGAGAAAAUGGAAAACAUCAAAAGGUUCGAACUUUGAAACAGAUAAAUGCCUCGAUGGGAGGCAUUGGGAGUGGGACCGUGGUUUGUGGGAGGAAAGUAAAUGGGGUUCGUGAGCUUACAGUACUUGGCGAGUUCAAGCCAUUUGGUUUGAUUGCCGAAGCUCUGGACGGUAAACCUCCAGACGAUGUCCCUGAUAAGUACGAUUAUUUCCUCUUCGACCCCGAAGUCGCCCGAGACCGCAACGAGAUCGAUGAACCCGAUACAUCCGGCUCCGAGCUUAGCGAUCGCAGCGACCACGAGCUCUUCAUUAGAGGAAACAAGAUUAUAUGGUCCACUGGUGCAAGAGUUUUCAAGAGAUUCACCUUGCCCUCCCCAGUUAUCAUGGCAUGCUGGUGUCGUCUGGGUGAUCUUUCUGAAGCUCUGCUUUGUAUAUUGCAUGUUGAUUCUUUAACAAUAUAUAACAUAUCAGUGUGGCAAAACAAUCAACAUGCAAUCACUCCAGUUGUUUCAAUUACAAAAACAAUGCAGCAUAUUGUGAAGAGAAGGAAAGUAGCAUCUUCAGCCACUGAAGGCAAUAAUUCACUGAUGCAAAAUCCCUUCUCAUCCUCAAGCCCUUUAUUUGGUGCACGUGAUAUGUCCCAUGCUAGACGAGAGAUUGUGCAUAGCCCACAUCACAACUUUGGGGUUUUGGGGACAUUUGAUCAAAUGAUCAAAGGAGACUCGGUUAUAAUGUCCUCACAUCUUAUUUUGAAGGACCUGUUGGAAGAGCCGCAUGCACUUCUUAUUUUUGGAUUCUCCCAUGAUAAUAGACUAUAUUGCUUUGAUCUUUCACAGUUGAUGUAUGUUGAAGAAAGAGGAAAGUUGACCAUAAUGAAGGAUUUUGAUGAAAGAACAAUUUGGACUAGCAACCGAAUUCCUCUAAUGGCAUCAUAUAAUAAAGGGAAGAUGCAGCAUUCACUGUGGGUUGCUGAAAUCAUAAAUUCUAACUUUGAAUCAGAAAAUGCUAGUUUAAGCGGUGUAGUUCUUGAUGGUGUAUUAGAUAAACAGUUCUCCUUUCGUAGAAUAUGGCAGGGGAAGGGGGCCCAGACAGCUGCUAGUAAGGUUUUUCUAGCGACUGACGAUGAUGCAGCUCCUGUUAUUUGUUUUCUUCUUCAAGAACAGAAGAAGUUGCUGUCUGUAAGGCUUCAAAGUCUUGAAAUUAAUAAUGAGAUUCUCUUUGAUAUUGAACCUGAUAGGAGUUGGAGUGUUGCUGCAAUUGCAGCUGCACCUGUGAGUGUUACACGCCUGAGAGUGAAAGUAGGACUUCUGCCUUAUACAGACAUUGUUGUUUUGGCUCCUGACAACACACUUCUUCUUUUUAUGUUUCGAUGCACAUUACGAAGAAGCCCUUCAUCUUCAUUAGUUAAUGAUUGCAUAACAGCAAUGGCUGAGGGCCUCAGUUCUGACUUCUAUAACCAUUUCCUUGUUCUUCUCUGGGGAGGUAGUAACUCUGACUAUUUGUCUAGGGCUGAUUCUAGUGUUGAUUCGGAAUGGGACUCAUUUUGUAAUAUCAUACUUCAAAUGUGUGGCAAGCCUAGUGCCAUUUCUCAGAAGCAUUUGAAUUUAGAGCAGCAUUCGUCCUGGGAGUUUCUUGUUAACAGCAAAUUUCACAAGAACUACCGAAAACUUAAUUUUAUUUCUAGGGCUUCUUCACAAGAACUGUCAUUUGACGUGGAAAAUUUGGAUUCCUUUGGAUCAAUUAUGGAAGGUAAUAGAAGUUCAGAAAAGUCAUUUUACUUUGAGCUGUUACUGGAGAGCUUGGAUUGUCUACAUACGUUAUAUGAAAGUCUGAAACUGGAUAAACUUCGCAAACGGGACUUGGAGCUCCUGGCAGUUCUUCUAUGCAAUAUUGCCAAGUUUCUUGGCGAGGGAAAUUAUUUGGAUUAUUAUAUUCGUGAUUUUCCUGAUGGAAACUCUGUUGUGAGCUGGGCAAGAAAGAUAGUUUCCUUCUACACUUUAUUAUGUGGUGGUAAACGAACAGGCAAGAAGCUAUCAUCUGGUGUUUACUGUAAUAUUGCUGUGGGAUCAUGUUGCACUAGUGAGGAGCUCACGGUUUUGGCAAUGGUUGGGGAAAGAUUUGGACUGCAGCAGCUUGACUUACUGCCUUCUGGCGUAUCCCUUCCUCUGCGACAUGCCCUAGACAAGUGCCGAGAAUCCCCUCCAACCGACUGGUCUGCAGCUGCAUAUGUUCUUCUUGGUAGAGAAGAUCUGGCGUUGUCUCGUUCAGCUCGGCCCUGCAAAUCUGGGGAUCUUGAAACCCAACCUAAUGUGAAUUUGAUCUCCAUGUCUACCCCUUACAUGCUACAUUUGCAUCCAGUGACAAUUCCUUCUACAGUUUCUGAUGCAACUGGGCUGGAAAGUGCCAAGUUUGAAGAUUCAGAUUCUGCCGAUGGGUCUAUGAUGGAUGGUAUGGAACAUAUCUUCAACUCCAGCACUCAAUUGCAGUAUGGUCGAGAUCUGCGAUUGAAUGAGGUUAGACGCCUCUUGUGCUCCACUAGACCUGUGGCUAUCCAAACAUCUGUUAACCCUAGCGCCUCUGACCAGGAUAUACAGCAGGCUCAACUGUGGCACCUGGCACAAAGGACCACUGCUCUUCCUCUUGGCCGUGGGGCAUUUACCCUUGCAACCAUAUCUACUCUCUUAACAGAGGCUUUCACAGUCCCAAAGCUUGUUUUACAAGGUCGCUUGCCAGCUCAACAAAAUGCAACUGUUAAUCUAGACCCAAAUAUGAGGAAUAUACAAGAACUUAAAUCUUGGUCUGAGUUUCACAAUGCUGUUGCUGCUGGACUCAGGCUGGCUCCCCUUCAGGGAAAGGUGUCAAGGACAUGGAUAAUAUAUAACAAACCUGAGGAACCAAAUGCUAUUCAUGCUGGACUUCUCCUUGCAUUAGGAUUGCAUGGAUACCUGCGUGUUUUAGUGAUUAGCGACAUAUACACUUAUUUCACUCAGGAGCAUGAAAGUACGACGGUAGGAUUAAUGCUUGGCCUGGCAGCUUCUUACAGGAAAACAAUGCAUCCAGCAAUAUCAAAGUCUCUGUAUUUUCACAUACCUUCUCGGCAUUCUUCUUCAUUUCCAGAUUUGGAGUUACCAACCCUUGUGCAGUCAGCAGCACUAGUUUCAGCUGGGCUUCUCUAUGAAGGAUCAGUUCACCCGCCAACAAUGCAAAUUCUUUUGGGAGAAAUAGGCCGUCGAAGUGGAGGCGACAAUGUACUUGAAAGAGAGGGAUAUGCUGUUUCUGCUGGAUUUUCUUUGGGUCUUGUUGCUUUGGGGCGUGGUGAAGAUGCACUUGGUUUCUUGAACAGCUUGGUCGAUCGAUUGUUGCAAUACAUUGGCGGCAAGGAGAUGCAUAAUGAAAGACCCCUUUUCUUGACAACAUCAAUGGAGGAACAAAACCAUGGUGCUGGGCAGGUCAUCUCCACCGCCUCUGACACAAAAAUUAUGAUGGAUGGAACUGCAGUGAAUGUUGAUGUUACUGCACCCGGAGCUAUCAUUGCUCUUGCAUUGAUGUUUUUGAAGACUGAGUCAGAGGCAGUUGUAUCAAGGCUUUCUAUUCCGCAGACCCAUUUUGAUUUGCAAUAUGUGAGACCUGACUUCAUAAUGCUUCGUGUCAUAGCUCGGAAUCUGAUAAUGUGGAGCAGGUAG